CCGCGCCCCCCGGGGCUGCCCCGGCCCGCCCGGGGCCAGCCGGCGCUGCCGGCACACCUCCCCAAACCCGCUCCUCCGCCACCCCGUUCCUUCCCCUCAGCGGCCGCGCAGACGGUACUUAGGACAAACCCAGUCCGGCCCGCCCCGCUCCCGGGCCCCGCCGAACGGGCCGCCCGCUCCCGGCCCCAUGCUGCGCUCGCUGCUCUCCGGCUGCCUCUGCCCACACGCAGCAGGUAAGAAGAGCCCACCUGCUGAGGACAAAGUUGUGUUAACACAUAUGAAGAUAUUGAGCAAUGAAGGAAUUCAAAACCCAGGGUUAAUCACAGAGGCUGCAGCUGACACAGCCUGCACAGAAGAGUCUCAUGUCCCUGGUGCGAGCCUCCCACCGGCCUGCCAGGGAAAUCCGAAUGCAGCAGCCGAACCAGCAGAUCCAGACUAUGCAGAUGCCCCAGCAAGCACAGACUAUGUAGCCACGCUGCCUGACCUCAGUGCCUUCCAGUCCAAGUGCCGACUUCACAGAUUCUCCAAAUUCGAAUCUGAGGACUCAGGGGUUGAAUUACCAAGUGGGGCUAAUUCUCCAUCAACACCAACCGGUUCAGAGAAGAGCUUUGUGCUUCACAGCAGAGACUCGUUUUGUGACUCAGGGGUGCUUAGCACCUCUUCUUCUCCAGAAAUUGACCAUUUGGUGAUGAGAACAUGUAAGGAGGAUGCCAGAAAAGUCAGCCACCAAGAUCCAGAGAGCAAAAAGCAAGCUGAGUACUACAGCCAGGAGGCAGAUGCUGUGCAGGGUCCUACAGCUUCCCUUGAAGACUUAAGUGCCCCUCAGGAAGAAAAUUCAGAUGAACAUUUUGACCAGAGCGAAAGUCAAUCUCUGGAAAAGGAACCCACCGCAGAGACAGACCUUCCCAGGGAGAGCACUCUUCACACCCCAGAUCCCAUAGAAGAGCCAAAGACAAUUGCUGACAAUUUCCCAGAGAAUUUUGGCAGCAUGCAAGACCUCCAGAUCCAUGGCCAUCAGCUGAAGAAGUACCCCACAAGCGACAGUCUAGAUGAAUACAUGGAUAAAUGCUGUAGGCUGAGUGAGAUGAACCAGGGUAACAGCAAAGCCCUAGGAUCUGGUCUGGGAUACCUGGAACACAUUUGUCAACUGAUUGAGAAGAUUGGGCAGCUGCAGGAGCACAACAUGCGUCUCCAAAAGCAAGUGUGCAGCUUGCAGAAAGAACAGAAGAUCAGCCAGAUAAAAGAGGAGUACAUUCUUCAGCAUUGCUCCUGUGGAGCUGCCAGUGUCCUCAACUCACACCAAGAUGUGAAGACAUCUUUUGCUGGGAGAAGCAGACCUCACAGCCUUUUAGUUCAGACUGGAAACCCAUCUGAUCUUUCCAUCAUCCCAGAAAUAGGAGCAAACACUGAAAGGCUGAGCAGCUGCAAUGGAGGUGAGAGAUACCCAGAAUUAGGAAACAGCCAACUGAUGGUGGGACUCAGGAAGCUGUCAAACAGUCGGAACAACAAGGAGAAUGAGUACAGAGAAGCUGGUAGUAUGACUGAAGUUCAGGCUUUUCCAUCAAAGGACCCUGCAGUAAGAAAGGGUCUAGACGUCAGCAAAAACAUCUCGGCUGAGAGCCAUGCUUGGGGGAGAAUGAAAGAUCUUAUGAGGAAGACACGUCUGAGAAACCAGAACAAGCUGGGUCUGUCCUCUGCCGCUCUGAAGAGGUCUUGUCCACAGCUGUACAGGCCAGAUAUUAUGUCUUCAGAGCUAAGGAAAACUGAGAGGAACUCCAUGAUCGUUCUGGGACAAAAUACAAAGAAUGAAAACAUAUGGCCUUUCUGAUAACCUGAGUCAAAUGGGAUAAGAAAGGCAAAAUGGGAACACCAGUGGACACAAAUCCAAGAACCCCAAGGUUACUUUGUGCAACCUGCAUCCUGCAGUUGUCAACAGAGCAACUCCGCUUUGAUUACUGGAAGGGAAAAAGAGAAGGGGGAGGUAGAGAAAGGUGCGUGGACCUUUCUAUGCUCAGCUAUGUACAGCUUUGCUCCUGAAUCUGAAAUACACUCACGAAAGUCAAGCCACAGAUGAAAAUUGUUGUUAGUGUCUUGGCAACAUAAAUGAUAGAGAUACGGAAAUUCUUCCUCCUCCUUUCUGGCUUAGAAACACCAUUACUGAAACAUUGAAGCUUUUAAAUUAUCAUUGCUUUCUGAGGAACUUCUCCAGCUGAAAUACAUUUAAGCUUUAUGGGACACAGCAGCAUCUAGAAGGGUGCCAGGGACUCACUGCCCAGUGCAGAAGUGGCUGUUGGAAGGACAGCCUCCUCGCAGGGUGGGCUGAGUGGCAGUCUCUGUGUGUCCCCAACACAGCUCCUCCAUUCAGAGCAGCAUCUGACCAGCUGUGCCAUUUUACUGGAAUUUAACAGGAAAACCAAGUCUGUAAAGCCAAGACUUCCUACAAGGCCAUUCCUGAAUCCACCGCUAGCUUCUAAUCCUGCAAGCUCGCUCCUUCUGCAGAGGCCCCUCGAAUCUAGUGCUGCCCUGC